AACACAAUGAAUAAAUAUGUAAAUUGCGAUGUACUUAGAGCGUGUCUCACAACAUAUUGAUGUAUCAUAACUCUUAUAUUAAACAAAAUCUUGAAGUGACACGCAUUAUAGUCGUAUAGACUAAUCCGCACAAGAAUAUUAAAAUAGUUUACCAAAAAAAGAACAGUGCUUCAAUAUAUUUACCGUGAGGUGAACACAUUGGAACUUUCAUCCUCGAAGAAACCAAGCUUGAGAUUGAGUCACAUUCAUUAUAAUCCAAAAGACGAAGAAGAAGAAAUGAACACAAACAGAGCCGAAGCAGAACGUUUACUAGAAAUCGGAGAAGAACUAUUACAAAAACGAGAUCUUAAAGGUUCAAGAGAAUUAGCCAUUCUAGUUCAAGAAACCGAACCUCUUCUAGAAGGUUCCGACCAGAUCCUAGCAAUCGUCGACGUCCUCGAAGCAGCCGAAAAGCCUCUCAAUCUCAACAACCACCACCUCGAUUGGUACGCUAUUCUCCAAAUCAAUCGAAGUUCUCAAGAUCUAAAUCUCAUCAAGAAACAGUAUCGUACACUCGCGCUUCUCCUUCACCCUGAUAAGAACCCUUUUUCCUUCGCCGAACUCGCUUUCAAACUUGUUUCUGAUGCUUGGGCCGUUUUAUCUGAUCCGGCCCAAAAGGCCCAAUAUGAUAAGGGGUUUGAAUUUGAAAACGACGGUGCUUUGUGUUUGGAGGUUUUUUGGACCGCGUGUCCUUAUUGUUAUCGUUUGUAUGAGUAUGCUAAGGUUUAUGAGGGAUGUUGUUUAAUGUGUCAGAAUUGUGACAAAUCGUUUCAUGGUGUUUCGAUUCCGUCUCUUCCGCCGAUUGUUCCUGGACAAGAAGCUUAUUAUGUUUCUUGGGGGAUGUUUCCGAUGGGUUUUGUUUUUGAAAAUUUAGGAAAUGGUGGUGAUGUUGUUGCUUCUGCUACGCGGAAACGAUAGGUGGAUUUGAUUAUUUUGUUGUUGUUGUUGUUUAAUCAAUGUUCUUUGUCUCAUGGUUUUGUGGGUCAUGGUUUUGGGCAGGUUCUCUGUUGUUUUAUGUUCAGAGAGUAGAAAUAAUAUAAGUAGGCUAAUUCCUUAAUUGUUAUUAUUGCCUAAAUGAUGUCAUAAUGGUUGGUUAAUUAAGAAUGCAAACCUCACAUUAGGACAACUUUUUAUAUUAACAACCAAUAAAAUUGUUUACGUUGUCUAUCUUGUCAAUGUCAUAAGAUAUAACCGUUACGUUCAA